UCUGUUUUUCUGUCUGUUCCUGUUUCCACAUCAGCUGCUCUGGGCUUCCUAACUGUCUCCAGUGGAGUCACCAUGUCGGCUCCCUUCCUGCUGGGUAAAGUGAUUGACACCAUUUACGCCACAGGAAUAGACAUGGAGACAAUGACAGCCUCCCUGACAUCAUUAUGUAUCAUGCUGAUGGGAGUGUUCCUGUGUGGGGGGGCAGCCAACGCUGCCAGAGUCUACCUCAUGCAGACCUCAGGCCAACAGAUUGUCCGUAAUCUCCGAGCCUCCCUCUUCUCCUCCAUCCUCGCACAGGAAGUGGCAUUUUUUGACAGGAAUAGGACCGGCGAGCUCAUCAACCGCCUCUCUGCCGACACGGCCGUGGUGGGCCACUCCAUCACCGACAACCUGUCGGAUGGACUGAGAGCCGUCGCCCAGGCAGGUGCUGGUGUCAGCAUGAUGUUCUACAUCUCUCCCAGUCUUGCGAGCUUUGUGUUGCUGAUUGUUCCUCCUUUGACCGGUCUGGCUAUAGUCUAUGGCCGAUACCUUCGCUCCAUCUCCAAAUGCACACAGGACGCACUCGCUCAAGCCACACAGUUGGCAGAGGAGCGUAUCAGCAACAUGCGGACGGUCAGGGCAUUCGGUAAAGAGCUGUCAGAAGUCAACACGUACACACAGAAGAUAGACCUGGUCCUCAGCCUGGCCAGGAAGGAGGCUGCACUACGAGCUGGCUUCUUUGGAGUGACUGGUCUCAGUGGGAACAUCAUGAUCCUGGCAGUGCUGUACAAAGGAGGCCUCUUGAUGGCCUGCCAGCACAUGACGGUGGGAGAGCUCUCGUCGUUCCUCAUGUACACCUUCUGGGUGGGCAUCAGCAUUGCAGGUCUGAGUUCAUUCUACUCUGAGCUGAUGAAGGGGUUUGGAGCAGGAGCCAGACUGUGGGAGCUGCUGGACAGAAAGCCUGAGUUUCCUCUAAACGAAGGCCUCGCGCUUCCUCCAGACCAGCUGAAUGGCCGGUUGGAGUUCUCUGAUGUCUCCUUUGCCUAUCCGACCCGUAGCGACGCUCUUAUUUUCCGGAACCUCAGUCUGCUGGUCCCAGCUGGUACCAUCAUGGCUGUGGUGGGACCUAGUGGCUCUGGAAAGUCCACCCUGGUCUCUCUGCUGCUCAGGCUGUACGAUCCCGAAGCUGGUAUCAUCACUAUAGAUGGUCAUGACAUCAGAGAUCUGAAUCCCUAUUGGCUCAGGAGUCACAUAGGAACGGUCAGCCAGGAGCCAGUGCUGUUUUCUUGCUCUAUAAGAGAUAAUAUUGCAUACGGCGCAGUGGACCCAGACGCUGUCACCACAGAGGACAUCUACAAAGCAGCCAGAGUGGCCAACGCCUUUAAUUUUGUCCAGGAUUUUCCUCAGGGCUUUGACACUGUGGUGGGGGAGAAAGGAGUGCUGCUGUCAGGUGGUCAGAAGCAGAGGAUAGCGAUAGCCAGAGCUCUGCUCAAGGAUCCUAAGAUCCUGCUGUUAGACGAGGCUACCAGUGCGCUGGAUGCUGAGAAUGAGUUCCUGGUCCAGGAGGCCUUGGAGCGUCUGAUGGAAGGGAGGACAGUCAUGAUCAUCGCUCACCGCCUGUCCACCAUCCAGAAUGCGAACGCCGUUGCUGUGCUGGACCAGCAGCGUAUUGCUGAGUGUGGCCAGCACACUGAGCUGCUAGACAACAGGCAAGGACUGUUCAGAAAGCUGAUGGAGAAACAGGCGUUUCUACAAGAUGAGCAGAAACGAGCCCUUCGCUGAGAGGACCGGGGGUAAAGACGAGUGGAUGAGGAGGAUAUCGGGAUGGGAGGUCAGUGCCUGGGAAGAAGUGACUUUGCUCCAGAGGUGUGGCAGCAGAGGGGGGGGGGGGGGGAAGACGUAAAGAUGGAAACAAGCUGAAAGAAAGCAGAGCUUUCUACAGGACUACAGACGGACACUAGAGGAGGGGAAUGUAAAAAGGGGUUUCCUUAAAUGCUGUAAGUGUUUUCUCACUGCUGAAAUGACUAUUUGGCACAACAUGAAGAGCCAUUUGGACAUGAGACACAUGGUGGAAUCCACAGCGAAGACCUAAGAACUGAAACUUGGAUGGAGAGUUCAGAGAGAUGCUUUAUUUUUAAAAUAUCUAAUUCAACACCGCAACGGUCUGAAUGAGUGAAAAGGAUAAAUGAUGAAGAUACACAGGAAGCUCAUAGCCUACAUGUCAUUUUUUUUAAACCACUGUCGCUACCAUAGUUUUAGUGCGGAUGACUUUCAUUCUUUGUCGUCUGUUAUCAUGUCAUGAUUUUCUUAACAAAAACAGACAAACGAACACUUCAGUGUCAUGUGUGUAUUUGUAUUGACGUAAUAUUGAUUUUUAAAACUUGAGGCUUACAUGCAGAGCCUUUUUACAGUCUCUUUUUUAGUUAAAAGAAGCCAAAGGAAGCCGCUGUUUGUGUUGGGACUGAACACUGAGGACAAAAAUGAACGUAUGCCAUGGAAAAUAUUAGUGAUCCUGUGAGUCACAGCCGAGGUGCUACACAUCUAAAAACAACAUUAUUUGGUCUCAGUUCAACAUAUUUCAGUGGGAUAUGUUUAGAUUCAAUUAUUUUUACUUGCUUUGCCCAGAAACUGCUAAACCUCCAUCGACCUCUAUAUGUCAAACAGGAUAGAUUGUGCACAGUUACUUGGGAGAGUGGCUUGAGGUCUGCUCAACAGCCUCUUUUCUGGUAGAUGUUCUGCUGCUCUCGGGGAGGACGGGCGCAGAAGACAAGUCAUCGAAGUCAGACGUGGUCUUUUAUCUUGUCUUGUAAUCCCAGUCGACUGUCUUGGUCUAAUCUAUAAAUGGUGUAAAAACUUUUUUAAAAAAAGCAACUUUACUACUUCCUGACUGUAAGCUGCUGACCACUGUGUCCGUCAGUGUGUCACACGACCGUCUCUCCCAGGCUCUGUUCACUGCUCGGUGUUUACAGGAUGUGCACUUGGCCUCCAAUACAUUCUAUGUAAACAGCUGUAAAACCAAGUAGAUGUAGAGCCAGCUGAAUAGUAUAGCUAGCUUAAAGGGUCUGACUCAGAAGUGAAUAUUUGCAUGUGAGAAGCCCUCUUCACUCUGUACAUCUCUGGGACUGUAGAUCGGACUGUUUUUAGAACUGCUUGUGAGGAACGACUAGAUGAGAAGCUCUAAGAAACAUUCAUACACAGCUCAGGUUAUGUAUUUACAAGUGAUCACGUAUCAUUUGAGUCGGUCUCUUUCCAAAACUGUGUUUCCUAUAUUUGUAUUGUCUAUUUCUAAAACGGAGGUCAGAUACUAUGAUGGAGGAGCUUUCUGUCACAUUAAUUAGAUCUAAUUAUUGCAAAAAUGGUUUAUUGAUACAUUAUUUAACUAGGAAGACUCGUUUUUCUUUGCCCGUUCGACUAAAAAAAUGACAAGAUGGCAAACCUGAGUGCAUUUCUCUGAAGGCUUAUGCUAGAUUUAUUUUAAUUUUAUGUUUUUGACCGUAAUUUAACUAUUGUGAAUGUUAACUCUUCAUUCACAGUUUGAAGGCAGUGAUGCACAUGCGGCCUGUUACAGAAAUCUGAAUUACUCUUUAUGAUACUUAAUCGAGAUUAAUGAAUACAACAUUGAUCAUUGGUAGUUAUAAUGUUGUCUGUGUACAACAGUAAUCACUUGCUGGUUGUAAGCAUUUAGAGGUUCUAUGUAUUUAUCACAGGGUAUAGACUGUACGGCAGCAACACGUGAGCUCUGUUCUCUCUGUUAUGAGUUCAUGAUGGAAUGUUUUCAUGUUCUUUGUUUUCUAUUUUGCUUCUUGUUAUUUUCCCAAAACAGGCCAGUGAUUCUUAACUCGCAACAGAUUUUCAUUUUCAUCUUCAUUUCAAAGUUAAAUGUUAUUUUAAUAUGAUGCCUUGAACAUCUCAUGUCCAGACUUGUGUUGUGGUUCCUGUGUGAAAGAGCGUUGGUGAUAUUACCAAACCCCGCCAUUCAAAGUACAUAGAAAGAAUUCAUGUUUUGUAAAAAGAAAAAAAAAUCUCCGCACCACUCAAAAACAGUAAACACUGAAGGUUUGUGUGUUAAUGAUGGAUCCAUGUCAUAAAUAAUAUGACCUAAAUGAUGUAUGAAAGA